AUGGCUGAAGUCCAAGAGCAUCUAAAGGCGCUUAGCCGAGACUAUGUGUGCGAACCAUUCCUAGAGUACCGAACCGUGUCUGGUGUCGCUGGUCCCUUGGUCAUUUUGGAAAAAGUGAAGGGUCCCAAGUUCCAGGAGAUCGUCAACCUGAGGCUCGCGGAUGGAGAGAUUAGACGAGGUCAAGUUCUUGAGAUCGAUGGCGACAAAGCCGUUGUUCAGGUCUUCGAGGGGACCGCUGGCAUUGAUAACAAGCAUACGACAGUGGAGUUCACUGGCGAGGUGUUGAAAACGCCCGUGUCCAUCGACAUGCUUGGUCGCAUAUUCAACGGAUCCGGCAAGCCCAUUGAUGAUGGGCCACCCAUUCUUGCAGAAGCAUAUCUCGACAUUGCUGGCAGUUCCAUCAAUCCCAGUGAGCGAACAUAUCCCGAAGAAAUGAUUCAGACGGGUAUUUCGACCAUCGACGUCAUGAACUCGAUUGCUCGCGGUCAAAAGAUUCCGCUUUUCUCCGCCGCUGGACUUCCGCACAAUGAAAUUGCCGCACAGAUCUGUCGGCAAGCAGGUCUCGUCAAGCCAUUGGAGAAAAAGGAUGAUCUGCUGAAGGACGAUGAGGAGGAUAACUUCGCCAUUGUGUUCGCCGCUAUGGGUGUGAACAUGGAGACGGCUGCGUUCUUCAAGCGAGAUUUCGAGGAGAAUGGUUCCAUGGAGCGUGUGACGCUUUUCCUCAACCUGGCCAACGACCCUACUAUUGAGCGCAUUAUUACCCCUCGUAUUGCGCUUACUACUGCUGAGUACCUUGCCUACGAGUGUGGAAAGCACGUGCUUGUUAUCUUGACGGACAUGAGUUCAUACGCUGAUGCCCUUCGUGAGGUUUCUGCUGCGCGUGAAGAAGUGCCUGGGCGUCGUGGUUACCCAGGUUACAUGUACACUGAUCUUGCGACCAUUUAUGAACGUGCUGGGCGUAUCGAGGGUCGCAAGGGCUCCAUCACCCAGAUUCCUAUCCUGACCAUGCCUAAUGACGAUAUCACUCACCCUAUCCCCGAUCUUACUGGUUACAUUACGGAGGGGCAAAUUUACAUUGACCGUCAGCUUCACAACAGACAGAUUUAUCCUCCGAUCAAUGUGUUGCCGUCCCUGUCUCGUCUUAUGAAGAGUGCUAUUGGAGAGGGGAUGACCCGUAAAGAUCAUGGUGAUGUCUCCAAUCAGCUCUAUGCCAACUAUGCCAUUGGUCGUGAUGUGCAAGCCAUGAAGGCUGUUGUCGGAGAAGAAGCUUUGUCAUCUGAAGAUCUGCUUUACCUGGAGUUCCUGGACAAGUUCGAGCACAGAUUUGUCACCCAGGGAGCUUAUGAUGCUCGUGACAUCUACCAGUCUCUGGAUCUUGCAUGGACCCUUCUGCGUAUCUUCCCCCGUGAGAUGCUUCGUCGUGUAUCACCCAAGAUCUUGGAUGCCUUCUACAGCCGUGACUCCGACCACUGA